UUCCAUUACUUGGGAGUAGCGAGACUUCUCUCUUCUGUUGUUGCCUCUCCCGGUUUCUCCCUCCCCUCUUCUUCUUCUUCUUUCCGUCUUCUCUCUCCUCUUUUCUUCAAUUUUGAUUCUUGUUGAAGAUCUCACAUUUUUGUUGACCCUAUUUUCCUUUUUUUUGUUUUAAGGUAAUUUUAAUUUUUCUCUUUUCUCAAUUUUAUAUAGCUUCAUUUUGUUGACAAUUUUGUUCUCUUUUUGGUUGAUACUUUUUUCUCUUAUGGUUUAGUCAUGAAAUUGAAUGAUUACAUGUCUAUAAGGGAUAAGAUUUGAUUAAUUAUGAUGUUGGUUAGCUAGAUUGAGGAUUUUAUUCAAUUUUUAUGGUGUUUUUAUUUGCUGAAGUGAUUUUAAUUUUGUGGGUUGCAAUUAUUUUUGUGAAAUUGGAUAUGAGAUUGUUGUAUUUGUACAGAUAGUGUGGUAUGGUAAUGAAUGAAGAUUGAGAAUUAGGUGAAAUAUGUGUUUUUGUUUUUAGAAGCUUGAAAUGACUGGAGAAAUUGGUCAUUAGUUGGUAGAGAUUUUUUUAGGGUUGUGGAAAAGAAUGGGGGAAGAUUUGUUAGCAAGUUUAUCAAUGGAAAAUCAUCAUCCAUCAACAUUGCUGUCAAUGGAUUCGAGCUCGAAAUCUCAUGAGGAAAAAGAAAGAGAACUUAGUAGGCAUAUUAUACUGUCACGACCCGGUCCACCUGAUAUUAAUCUUCCACUGUCAGCAGAGCGUAGCUCUCCGCCUCCUCAGUCAUGGACUCAGGAGGCUUGUGAUAUGUUAGAGGUUGGAUUAGGGACUCAAGCUUAUGAGUCUGAGACUCAUGUUGCCCUCCCUAAGAUUGGGAAUGGGAAUCGAAAGUGUGCUAAGAGACUUGAUAGUGUGUGGGGUGCUUGGUUCUUUUUUAGCUUUUAUUUUAAGCCUUCGUUGAAUGAGAAGUCAAAGAGCAAGAUUGUCAGGGAUGGUAAUGGGAUAUCUGGGUUUGAGAAGUCUGAUCUUCAUUUGGAUUCAUUCUUGGUUCAGCAUGAUAUGGAGAAUAUGUAUAUGUGGGUUUUUAAGGAGAGGCCGGAGAAUGCAUUGGGGAAGAUGCAAUUGAGGAGUUACAUGAAUGGGCAUUCCCGACAAGGGGAAAGACCAUUCCCUUUUAGCGUUGAAAAGGGUUUUGUUCGGUCUCACAAAAUGCAAAGGAAACAUUACCGCGGACUUUCUAAUCCUCAAUGCCUUCAUGGAAUCGAGGUUGUUCGACAGCCAAACCUUUGUAGUCUUGAUGAAGAGGAUCAGAGGAGAUGGAUAGAACUUACAGGUAGGGACCUGAAUUUUGCACUUCCUGAAGAAGCUUGCGAGUUUUGCUCAUGGAGGAACCUUCCAAGCACAGAAUUUGAGUUGGAGAGGCCACUUCCUGCUUUGAAGAGCAAUAAUAAUGGCCAUUCGAAGAAAUUGCUAAAUGGUUCUGGUUUGAACUUGUCCACUCAUCCGGCAAACCAUGUGAACGAGGGAUUUGACCUCUCAGUUAUUGGUAGCAGAAAGAGGAAGGAUGUUCCUGCUCAUGGAAAUGAUGAAGAUAGUUGCCAUCCGGCCAAUACACAUUCUUCUGACGGAACACAAGAAGCAGCAGAAGUGCAUCCAAUCGAACCCCAAUGGGCCCCAGAAUUCACUGGGGUUAUGAGGAAUGUUUACGGACCUGUAACCUGUGCAAAAUCAAUCUAUGAGGAUGAAGAUGGAUUCAUGAUUGUCAUUAGUUUACCAUUUACAGAUCUUCAAAAGGUGAAAGUAUCUUGGUGGAAUACACUAUCUCAUGGUGUAGUCAAAGUUACAUCUACCAGCAUAGCUUGCAUUCCUUACAUCCAGAGGAAUGACAGAACAUUUAAGCUCACAGACCCAUAUCCUGAACACUGCCCCCCUGGCGACUUCAAACGGGAAAUUCCCCUUCCAUCUCGAAUUCCCGAUGAUGCUAAGCUAGAAGCAUAUUUCGACAGUACAGGAACGGUUCUUGAAAUUUUGGUGCCCAAGCCCCGUGUAGGUCCUGAAGAGCACGAGGUACCGAUUUGCCUUCGCUCUCAUCUUGGUGGAAAUGAUCUCUUAUUAUCUUGACCAAGGCUUGUCUGAUCUAAAUCUUUUUUAAGUUUGGGUUUGCUGGUCCUGCAAUGUGAAGUUCAAAGAUUAAUGGUAAGAUCUUGUUUCUUUUCUUUACAUCAAUUUCAUGCUUAAUCAGUCAUUGGAUUUAUUCAUUUUGUGUGAGGUUUUUUUCCUAAAACAUACAAAUGAGUAAGGAAACUGCAUCAGGGGACAUAACCAAACAAUGCAACAACUUCUUGUUGAAGUGUUUUCUUGUAGAACCUGAAAGAUGUAAAUGUAGUUUUUCGCAAAUAAUGUAUCGAGAUGUAAAUGUAGUUGAAUAAAGCAUACUUUUUUGUUACUGUCAAUCUAUUAACAUUGGUUUGGUUCUUGUACCCGACUCUAUAUGUUUGAGACUAAAGUUUUGCGUUUGUUGCCU